ACGUGACACACCAGCCCGCUCGCAGGGGUUUCGGACCGAAGGGAAGGAGCCGCGCCGCGUCGCCGUCAGCCUCCCUGCACUUCUGCCGGGCUAACCCGAACUCUUCCGUGCCCCCCGCGUGCCCCAAGGCCGCCCACACGCCCGGAGCUCCGGACAACUUCAGGGGUGGGGUGCGUAGAAAGUUUGCGGCUCCCGCCGCCCGUCUCCACGCCUCUCGCACGGCCUAGGAGGCUCUCCGCCCGCGCCCGCACCGCUCGGCCUUGCCCGGGACCGUGUCCUUGCCCCGCCACCGCCACCAUGAACAAGCUUUACAUCGGCAACCUCAACGAGAGCGUGACCCCCGCGGACUUGGAGAAAGUAUUCGCGGAGCACAAGAUCUCCUACAGCGGCCAGUUCUUGGUCAAAUCCGGCUACGCCUUCGUGGACUGCCCCGACGAGCACUGGGCGAUGAAGGCCAUCGAAACUUUCUCGGGGAAAGUAGAACUGCAAGGAAAACGUCUAGAGAUUGAACACUCGGUCCCCAAAAAACAAAGGAGUCGGAAAAUACAGAUUCGAAAUAUUCCACCUCAGCUCCGAUGGGAAGUGCUAGAUAGCCUGCUGGCUCAGUACGGUACCGUGGAGAACUGUGAACAAGUGAACACAGAAAGUGAGACAGCAGUGGUCAACGUCACCUACUCCAACCGGGAGCAGACCAGGCAAGCCAUCAUGAAGCUAAAUGGCCAUCAGCUAGAGAACCAUGCCCUGAAGGUCUCCUACAUACCUGAUGAGCAAAUAGCACAAGGUCCUGAGAAUGGGCGGCGUGGAGGCUUUGGGUCCCGGGGCCAGCCCCGACAAGGGUCACCUGUGGCAGCAGGGGCUCCAGCCAAGCAGCAGCAAGUGGACAUCCCCCUCCGGCUCCUGGUGCCCACGCAGUAUGUAGGCGCUAUCAUUGGCAAGGAGGGUGCCACCAUCCGAAACAUCACAAAACAGACCCAGUCCAAGAUAGAUGUGCAUAGGAAGGAGAAUGCGGGAGCUGCGGAGAAGGCCAUCAGUGUGCAUUCAACCCCUGAAGGCUGCUCCUCCGCAUGCAAGAUGAUCUUGGAAAUUAUGCACAAGGAGGCAAAGGACACCAAGACGGCAGAUGAAGUUCCCCUGAAGAUCCUGGCUCAUAAUAACUUUGUGGGACGACUCAUUGGCAAGGAAGGGCGGAACUUGAAGAAAGUAGAGCAGGACACAGAGACGAAGAUCACCAUUUCGUCGCUCCAGGAUCUCACGCUCUACAACCCUGAAAGGACCAUCACCGUGAAGGGAGCCAUCGAGAAUUGCUGCAGGGCUGAGCAGGAGAUCAUGAAGAAAGUUCGAGAGGCUUACGAGAAUGAUGUGGCUGCCAUGAGUUUGCAGUCCCACCUCAUCCCUGGUCUCAACCUGGCUGCUGUAGGUCUCUUCCCAGCUUCAUCCAGUGCAGUCCCGCCCCCUCCCAGCAGCGUCACCGGGGCUGCUCCAUACAGUUCCUUCAUGCAGGCUCCAGAGCAGGAGAUGGUACAGGUGUUCAUCCCCGCCCAGGCUGUGGGCGCCAUCAUCGGCAAGAAGGGCCAGCACAUCAAACAGCUCUCCCGGUUCGCCAGCGCCUCCAUCAAGAUUGCUCCACCAGAAACACCUGACUCCAAAGUUCGGAUGGUCGUCAUCACUGGACCCCCAGAGGCUCAGUUCAAGGCUCAGGGAAGAAUCUAUGGCAAACUAAAAGAAGAGAAUUUCUUUGGUCCCAAGGAGGAAGUAAAGCUGGAGACCCACAUACGGGUUCCAGCUUCAGCAGCUGGCCGGGUCAUAGGCAAAGGCGGCAAAACGGUGAAUGAGCUGCAAAACUUGACCGCUGCCGAGGUAGUAGUGCCAAGAGACCAGACCCCGGAUGAGAACGACCAAGUCAUUGUUAAGAUCAUUGGACAUUUCUAUGCCAGCCAGAUGGCCCAGCGGAAGAUCCGAGACAUCCUGGCUCAAGUUAAGCAACAGCACCAGAAGGGACAGAGCAACCAGGCCCAGGCUCGGAGGAAGUGACCCCGCCCUUUCCUGUCCCAUUGGCUCCAGAUCAGCAGGCGGAACACAGACCUGGAGGGCGGGUGGAGGGCCAGUGUGCUCUUCCCAGCAGGCCUGAGAAUGAGUGGGAAUCAGGGCAAUUGGGCCUGGCUGGAGAUCAGGUUUGCACACUGUCUUGAGAAAAAUGUUCCAGUGAGGAAUCCUGAUCUCUCGCCCCCAAUUCAGCCAGCUGGCCACAGCCUACCCCUUGGAAUAUCACCAUUGCAAUUGUAGCUUGGGUUGCUUUUAAACGUGGAUUGUCUUGAGGAAGUUCUCCAGCCUCUAUCAGGAGGAUGGGUCAGAUCCCAGUGGGGAAGAGAAAUAAAAUUUCCUUCAGGUUUUAUAAAACCUCAAAGGAUGGUUUGUUUCUUGACCACCCCCCAAUCUUCUAAUCUUCUUGGUUAAUUCAUGAAAAUUCCUCCCAUUCUUAAUGUCCUGACCAAUACCUUACCUCUUCCUGAAUCCAUUUACACUGUUUUAGCCUUGUUGCUAUGGGGUGGGGGAGGGGCAAGGGAGGAGUGCUUGAACACAGCUUUGUUUACAAUAUUAACUCUGGAAAAUACCUGUCCCGAAUAGUUUAAUUCUGAUUCUUCCUUAACCAACCAUUGGGAACAGCAAGAUAUAAAGGAGAGAGUUAAUAAUUAAAAUAUGUACUAGUCCACGUUUAAAAGGAGUCCUUGUGCUAAGGAGAGAGCUCAGCAGUUGUCAGGGUGCUUGUCCGGCAUGGAUGAGGCCCUGGGUUCCAUCCUUGGCAUCACCAAAAAAAAAAAAAAAAAAAAAAAAAAAAAAAAAAAAAAAAGGCAUGCCCUUGUGGCUGAGCUCUUGCAGAUCUUGAAAAAUUGGCACAACAGAAAUUUAUCCUGGCCAGCUGGGGCUUCCCCACCCCACUUACGCCCCUGUAGCCCCAUGGGUCCUGCAUGGUACCCUGGUACAUGGGAGUGGUGCUGCAUGCUUCAGGGUAGGGCUGAUCACAGUCCCUGAUUCCCACCAUUCUCUCUCAGGCGGAUUUUAUAUUUUUUUAAAGUCUAUUUUAAUGAUGGGAUAUAUGAGCUCUGGGAGCGGGGUGUGAGCUCCCUUUGGUAAAAAUCUCCUUUCUGUGGAGGAGUUGAGCGGCCCAAAGGUGCUCUCGCUCCGCCCGUGUGCUCUUACAAGGGCUGAGGCAGGCGUUGCGGUGUGUCCCCACCAUGGCACUGUUCCCUUGUGGUGGUUGGACUACAACCCAACCCUGAGCUCCUGAUAAAGCUUAAAAGUCCAUCAUCUGGCAAGCUUAGUAAAUUGGAGAAUGUUGCUUCUGUUUUUAUCUAGAGGAGUAUUUAACUGACUGCUUAUGCCUCCGUGAAUGUCAUUGUCAUUAUGAAAGGUGUGCCUGGAAACAAACCAGAGUACCAGCCGCAUUAUGCACAAAGGGGUGAACACACUUAAUUUAUUAACUUACCAGGCUCAAUGAGAUCCUGUUGGAAAUGAACCCUUAUGGAGGACAGUGGCCAUCAGUUAAGUGAGGCUAGGCCUCCCCUCCCGAUACUGUACUGACUGGAAUGCAUAUUAGCCAGGUGAUGCACUUUAGCUACCCUGGACAAUACUGUCAAGUGUGCUGGGAAGAAAGGAAGGCCUCUCUGCAUGUGGAAAAACCGGUGCUCAGGGGUCCCUGCUUCCUGACAUUGCAAUGACAACAGCGACAAAUUUACCAUGACAUGUGGGCGGAGUCAGGCAGUGCUGUGCGAAGUAAACUACCUCAAGGUGUGGAGUUACCUCAGCAAUGGUUUUCCUUUUGUUCCCUAAAUCCUGGUUUUUAAUUUUCUUUUCUUUCUUUCUUUUUUAAUAUUUUUUUUUUGCGGCUUGCUGAUAUUUUAUAUAAAAAAAAGAAAAGCGAAGCAAAAGAGAAGCUGAUAGUCUUGAAUAUUUUAUUUUUUUAAUGAAAAGAAAAAAAAUGAGAAAGUUAUGUUUCAUAAUUUCUUAAAACAUGAGCCAGUAACUGUUUAGGAGCUCUGUGGAGAACAGGCCCUGUGGGGAAAGGUGGGGGUUGGGGGCUGGAUCCAGGGGAGGAAGCCAUCCAUGGUGGGGUGGAAAGCCUCAAGGGACCCAGGUCCUCCCUGGGUUCUAAUCUCUGACCUCGAAGGAGGACUUAAGAUCUAGCAGAGUUUGAACCCUUGGGGGCCACCUAUGGCCACCCCUCCCCCUCUGGUAAGACCUUAGCUGGGUGUUCCCACCAGCGGUGCUGUUAUUUUAUGAUAUUGCCUCCGUUUUAUCGAGGAAAGAAAUAAUAACUAAAAAAUAUACUGUUUUAAGAAAAACCUGUAUUUCUUAAAAAAUAUGGGAGCCAAGACUCCGUUUAUAGGAGAAAGACAAGGCCACCCUGUCACCAUUGGGCCACCUGGUUUGUCAUUACAGUGCUUUUCCUGAUGAUUUUUUGGUUAUUGUUUCAUUCCCAUCCCACCUUGUUCUUGUCUGUGUCAUUCUGCGUAGACCGUGAGGCCAGCAGAUCCUCAAUGCCCUCCCCAUCUCCCUGUCUCCUUAGGUUGAUCUGCUUGAUUCUAAAAGUGGACCUGUUAGGACAUUCUUGGUUUUAGCGUGGUGGGUAGCCAAGAGGAGGAAGAAGAAAUGCUGAGUGUGAUUGGGACAGGGUCUUACCACUUGGUCCCCAUCACAGCCCCUCAUAGGCUCCAGACCUUUUAGUCCAAAGAGAGAAGCAGAAGUCUUUGGGAUGGUAACAGGCCAUUAGAAUUAAGCUUCCCUCCUGGCUCCAUGUGUUUUGUCCCCAUACAAAGCAGACAAUGUUCAGACAUCGGCCAUUUAGUGAUUUCAAGUGGAUUUCUUGCAGCAAGCGUGCUUUGAUACCCGGUUCAAGUGACCAUGGGGGGAUCCCCCAGUAUCUGGAAUGAGAUUGUUGGACUGUUCUGUUCCUUGGGGACCUGCUCCCUUCACACCUUAAGUCCAAGUCCUUUUCUUUAGCUGAUUGAGCUCUCAGAAGAAGAGAUCGGAAAGUGUGGCAAGGGACCUGGACUGGGCAAGGUUCCACUCACGCCUGGACUUGCCCAGCAGCAAGAUUGUGAAAGUUGGCUUACUAGAGAAAGCAAGAAUACAGACUAGGGCCAGAGGUCAGCAGGAAGGGAGAGCCUGGCCUAUUUGGGUUGUCUGGUGACACUCCAAGGCCAGAUCUUACGGUAGCUCCUUACCCUACUUGUCACCUCUUUUUUUUUUUUCCACCCUGUCCUAGUUAAGAUAGCAAAUUAUUACAGAAAGCACUUGGGAGAUUUGGACAGUUUUGAGAAAAAUCGACCUUUAAAAGAACUGCUUCCGUGCUCAAAGGUGUAUACAUAGAGAUGUGUGUGUGCGUGCUACACACGUAUUUUUUAUGAGUGAAAGAUCAUCUCUUGGAUCUAUUUUUUAAAUUCUUGGAAACACGUAAAAAGCCAAAUGGUUUGACUCACUGACUUACUUUGAAGCUGCAUCUGCCGUUUACACCAUGGCUUUAACCCCAUCUGGGGUCUGGUUGCCUUUUGCAGUUUGUGGACUUAGUUGCUGGAAGGGGGUCUGGGUGUGAGGGAAGUUGUGUGGCCUUUGACUCUUUCCAGUCCUUUCUGUCUUUCAUUUUCUCCCUGAGCUGUCCACUUUUGGGGAAAACUCCUGCCUCACUAUUGGCUGGAGACACCAUGUAAAAAUCCUGAGGAUGCUGGCGCAGGAUGCUCCAGUUGGUUCUGUAUGUCCGUUUUCCUUUGUGCCAAAGACAGACAGACAGACAGAGGCUGAGAGGCUGUUUCUAAGACAAAGCAGUGGCCGGCCAUCUUUCUACAUCUCCUAGGCCUGUCUGUGAGGGGGAGGGUCCUGGAGACUACACUAAAGACAAGCACCACUCUUCUUAAGUUCCUGGGGGGUUGUGAAUGGUGCUUGCCAAGGGCUAGGGAGCAGGGAAAAAAGGGGGGGUCCUUUGGCUCCCUGUUGCACUUUGGGGAAGGAGGGAAUCUUUUGGGCUCCUUGUGGAACUGCUCUCCUCCCCUGUCCCCACUGCAGAGAUGGCACCGUGGAGUUCCCUUCAGGCCUGGCAGACUGGCAGUGAGGAGGGGCCUCAGUUAGCUCUCCAGGGUGCCUUCCCCUCCUCCCUUCCCAGACACCCUCUGCCAAACUGGGAACCAGCAGUGCUACUAACUACCUCAGCCCCAGAGGGCGCCUAGCCUAACUGAGCCCCAGGAGGAGCUGUGCUUUAGGCAGCUCUUCUCCCCCUCUCUCAGGACGAGGUCGCCUUUCCUUUUCCUAAGUGUUCCUGGGGGAGAUCCUAGUGGCUUUGCCUUUCAAACCAUACAACUGUUUUGCCUGUUUGUUGAAAACCAGUAGGAGAACAGCUUGGCAGGACAUUGCAGGAAGAUCGAAGAGAACCCCUCAUCAGUGCCAGGGGACAUAAAAGCCAUUUUCCUUCCAGAUACUCGAUGGUUUAGGUGCAGAAUGUUUCUCUUGUAAUCAGACAUAAGAGUAAUACCAGCUGAAAUGCCCAGUUUCUUUCCUUUGGACACAUCUCAGUGAGGGUUCAAGAUACGGGAGAGGCCACAUGUUUCAGAGGUCUAGAGGAUAGGUCAAAACCUUAGCCCUGCAAGGCCUCAUGUGGCACCAUUAGUGAUGCCCUCAAAUGGUUGAAUAUGGACUGACAAAAGAAGAGAAUUUGUUUCUUGAAUAGCAGGACGCUCCUGGAGCACAUGUUUUUCGUAAUCACAGAUGAUGAAUACUACGAGUAUAAAUGGAUGAACUACCUCAGUCCUUACAGUAAGAUUGGAGAUGAGCGCAGGGACUCAUGCCGAGGGGAUGAAUCCCAGCCAGGAGAGAGUUUUGGCUUAUGCCACACAAGGUUUGUCAUGGGGAUCGGGCAGGCUUGCCAGGAUCCCCACUUACAUUGGUCGGGUUGGCAGGGUUCCGUCAUCUCGUGUCCUCUUCCCCCAUUCCCAUUCCCCUUUCUGCUCUCCUCACCCACUCUCUCACCCCCUUUACUCCAGCUUGUCCCCCUCCCAGCUGCUUAGGCGCUUGGAUGGACCAGUGGGUGAGGAAAGGGAUGGGUUCCUCCCCUUAGAGAGCUGGCUGGAGGACAGUUCCAGGGCUGGCCUGGAGUCCCCUAGUCAGCUCCUAGGUUUGGAACCAGGGCCUCUUCAACAGGGUUUCUUGAAGAUCCUCUACCUCCACUGAGUCCCCUUGGGGGUGAGAUGGGGGGAGAUGGAGCAGGAUUCUUUGCCCUGGGGCCUGGCCCAAUCUACCCGCUCAGGCCACCUUUGUAGUUGACUGCCACUGGGUGCCCUAGCCCUUCCUGCCCCAAAAGGACCUCCUUAUAGAAGCCCGUUUCACUUUUGGUUUUAAUCUACCUCUUAGCAAAACAAUAUAGAGAAAUGUGUAGGUAGUGGCAACUCCACUUGCUUAGGUUAGGGGGGAAAGGUUUCUUUUUCCAAAGGAAAAAAAUAUUACCUUAAAAAUACUUUCCAAAAAAAUCUUAAAAAAAAAAUUUAAAAACCAAAAAAAAAAAAAAAUUCUUUUAAAGGAGGGAGACAAUUUCCAGUAACCAUGGGAUUAAUUUCCUACGCUGUUUUCCCCCCUACAUACGCUUUCCUCUUUGGCAGUUGUCACAUAGUGAUAUGGCUAUGAGCAGGUACAGCUUUCCCAGUGAGCUCCUUGGCUGGUCACAUUCCCUCCCGGGGUGCCAGUGAGACUCUUCCAGCCAGGUGACUUCAACAUCCCAGACAGGAGCCCUGGGUUAGGUGCUUCAGGCCUUGGCAGUUGGUUAGGGAACCACGUUGUAACGACAGUUUUAUGUGAACCACUGCUUGUAAGCUCAUUUGAAAUGAAUUUAAGCAGAGUAUAAAUUUGCAUGAUGAAUAUAUAUCCUUUACCACCCAUCUGGAGUCUCCCUUCUCUUCAGAAUCUUCAUUCUGGCCUCUGAAACCAGAGGUAAAACAUCAAAAGAGCCCACUCCCCUAAGGCAGAAUGGAUUGAUAGGCAGUCCGAAGACACGGCUUCCAGGGAGGACUUUAUUUUUCUGAGUGGAAAUCUGGGAGGGAUUGGAGGGCUGCUGCUUGUGACUGUUAGACUCUGUAAUCGCUACAACUUUGAAAUUGUAUUUUACCAGAACUCUGCCGGUCAUCAACGACCCUGAAUUUGAUUGUGCCUUCCUCCCACCCUUCUCUGUUCUUGAAGCUGGGGGAGGGGCAGCGGGCUCGGGACUUGGCAAGUUUGUGUUUUGGAUGGAUGGAUGAGCACUCCGGGUCCCUUCCCGGUGAAAGUUGUUUCAGCCACAAAGCAAUUUCAUUCCACUGUUUUCAGUCUCAAAAUAAAAAGAAACUUAUAUUGAAAA